AUGACCACUGUCUCGAUCACCAGGGAACUCGAGCCAUACUUGGCUUCUCUCCGGUCGUAUCUGGAGGACCACCCGAGUAAUUUACCGGAUAGCGAACCCGCAACGCGCUCAGAAUGCCAGCCUGCUAUCAAGAAAGACCCGGGGGAGCCAUCAAGAUCGAAAAGCAGUGCUACCAGGAAUCCUUCUGCAAAGCGUCUGGCAUUACGCCCUCGAUAUUAA